AUGAGUAUUCUGUGUUUUAUAGCUAACAAAAUAUUAUUUUCAUAAAAAUGACGCAUGUGUCAAUAAAUCAAUUUUCAUGGGAACUGUAUGAUCAGAUAGUAAAAGGCGUGAAAGAUACAGACAACCUUUUUUUUUCACCUUUCAGUAUAUAUGCCGCAUUGUCCAUUGUUUAUUGCGGCUCUCGUAAGAACACAGCUGAUCAGAUGAAAUUGGUGAUGAAAUGUGUUGGUGAUCCAGAAAGUGUCGAUGUUCAUUCUGACUUUAAAAAGAUUUUUGAAAGAAUUGCAAACAUCCAUGACAAUGGUGUCAUUGUAGAUGUAGGCAAUAAUAUCUGGAUUAACAACAAUUUUACUGUUGAAAAUGAGUUCUGCAAAAUAUUAAGCACAUUUUAUGACGCCGAAAUAAAAAAUGUAGAUUUUAUUGGUAAUCCUCAACUUGCUGUUGAUAUUAUUAACCAAUGGGUAGAUUUGAAAACUCGCGGGAAAAUAAAUAACGUCAUCACGAAUCAGGACAUUUCUGCAAAUACUCGAAUGGUUGUUACUAAUGCAAUUUAUUUUAAUGCAUUAUGGAAGCACGCUUUUAAAAAUCAAAAUACUACACUUACUACUUUUUAUAUUUCGAAAAAGUCUUCUGUAAACGUACCAAUGAUGUACCAGCAAAAUAAAUACAAAUUAUGUUAUGAUGAAGAGUUUGGCUCACAAAUUUUGAUUCUACCUUAUAAGGGUAAUUCUCUAGAGAUGAUGAUUAUCUUACCCAACGAAAUUGAUGGAUUGCAUGCUCUGGAAGAGAAAUUACUUCCGUCAAAAAUGUUCUUGAGCAAACUUGAAAUAUGGAGAACGUCACGCGAAGAAAACAUAGACGUUUACAUACCUAAAUUUAAAUUCUCGACAAGUAGCAACAUGAAAAGUUGUUUAAUGGCACUAGGAAUGACUGAUUUGUUUUCCGAGUCAGUUUCAAAUUUAAGUGGAAUAAGUAGCUCAAAUGAUUUGUUUGUUUCGAAUAUUUUUCACAAGGCAUUUAUAGAUGUAGGAGAAGAAGGAACUGAAGCAGCGGCUGUUACGGCUGUUUUGAUUGCAACCAGAUGCUUGCGUAUAACUCCAACUUUUAAAGCUGAUCAUCCUUUCUUAUUCUUAAUUUAUGAUGCUUCUCUUCAAUUAAUAUUAUUUUCUGGGAGAUUUUGUAAUCCUUAAAUGACCUUUUGUUAUGUGAGUAAUAACUUUAUUAUGUAUCGCUUUUGUAUUUUAACUCUUAAAGUUGUUUUAA